AUUCCCUUAGUCAAAAUGGCUGCGUCCUCAAAGUCGAGUGAUGAAAGUGAAAACAAAGUAGAGAAUGCAAAUGAUCAGAAAACAAUAACAAACGAGGAGGAUUUCGGUUAUUAUUUUUACCCAGAGAGAGAAAAAAAGAAAGAAAAAUCUUUUUUUGAAAGAGCUAUCUUUCGCGAUGACGUGCAUAAUUACAAAUGCAAAUCCAAAGUUCAGUCUUGUUUGGAGAAAAAUGCCAAAGUAAAGCUGUUGGUUGGCGCCUUACAGAGCUAUGGCUGUCCAGUUGACAAAGACAGGCACAUCUCCUGUGAGAGAUGUACCGACAGAGUCAGUGGAGGAUUUGACCCCAAAACCAUGCAGGUGGUGGUUUGUCAGAACAAUGUAAAAAAUGAAGAUGUGUGCUGUAGUAUCUUAGCUCAUGAGCUGCUCCAUGCUUUUGAUUCUUGUAGAGCUAAACUGGACUUUGAAAAUUUGAGGCAUUUAGCUUGUACAGAGAUCAGAGCUGCAAAUAUGUUCCAUUGUUCUAUUGGGGCAGCGAUGACUACAGGGGAAGUCUCCCCAUUUGGGGUUAAAGAACGGCAUCAAUUGUGUGUAAGGAACAAAGCUUUACAGUCCAUUAUGCUGGUCCGGAAUGUUCCCAAAGAAGAGGCCAUGACAGUUGUAGAUGAAGUCUUUGAUAAAUGUUACAACGACAUGGAACCUUUAGGCAGGAGGUGUUUCAAAAACCAAGGUCGGGCCAAGAGAGCACUAGAGGAAGCGAGAAAUUAUUACGACGUUGUUUGAUAUUCAUGUUACUAGGUUUAUUUCAUGUUAUUGAAUCUGUUCUAUUGUUGUGAAUGUAGAUUGAUUGUAUCGACGAUUCAACUAAAUAUUAGUUAAUAUAUUUUUCAUGUCAAGAAUGUAGAAUUGAAUGAAUGGAUGAUUAAACCAGAAGUAUAAAUUACGAUUGAGUUGUAUUAGCUAUGCCUCUUCCUUCAGUGUGGAGAGAGGGGGCCUGAUACAAGGGCAGCAUCUGGCUCCCUACACUGAUUUUCAGUCUCCUGCCCCAGCCUUGAACUUGGGAUAAUUGGGCAUGGGGAAAUCAAUCCUUUAUGAGACUACAGAGCCAUGUAAUUACUACGGACAAAACAAACUUGUAUAUGGUUGACUCAGGGGUGUGUCAUUGACUGAACCAGCCGUGUAAAUGUGGUUGAUCUUUAGACUCCACCAGUUGCAGUUGAUCAGGAUGUGCUCUCAAACUACGCAAUAUGUGGCCAACAGUUGAGCCAUCAGGGAAGUUGAUUGCCGUUCCCAGUGUAUCAAUAAAAUCU